AUGUUGAUCUCCGCCCUGUGGUGUCAAGCACGCCAAGCAACACAUAGCAAACCCCAGAGAACAAACUGCAAUCACUCUUUCGAGAUGAGUUGUUUCUUUCUAUGCAAGAAGUCUGACGCCUAUAGCAGUUAUCAGACUGUAGACUCAGAAUCGGGGACUGAGGGUUCGACCUCUACGGCCUGGUCAACGGACACCGCUCUGACAGCUACAAGUGCCAUGAGCGAACUUUCGAAUCAAGAACGAGCGGAGUUUGUGUCUUUCACGAGAGUUGCGGCCUGUAUGAUCAAUGAGAAACUCGUCGAGUCGACCUUCACAGAGAAGACGGUAACGAUCUCUCAUCCCAAAUCCACAGAUGCAAUCACCCUACAGCUGGUAGAGAAGCACCACUUCCCAGGUUAUGUUCACCCCCUCGACAUUGGUACCGAAAUCACAUACAAUGGUGUUCCAAUCCAUCUCAAAGGAUCGUGUAUGAUGAACAUAUGUGGGAGGUGGGCUGGUAUGGAUGUUUCCAAGCUGCUCCCAGAACUUGAGAACUCGGCCCUCAAUUUGGAAGCGGUAUACAACAACCCCCCAGUCAUCAGAUUUGAGUCUCCAUCAAUCGAUUGGGAACAAAGUCUCAUCGAAGGACACCGCGCGCAUCCGUGGCAUAAAUGCAGAUAUCCUGAAGUGGAUGAAUUCAAGACUGCCAAGCUAUAUCUCGUUUCCAUUCCGAGAGACCAGAUGGAGGUGGUUGGCGACUACAACGACUGGAUGAAGCAGCUUGUAAAGGCUGAAGUGGAUGACAACCGAGUCAUUCUACCAGUUCACGAACUGCAACUGUCGAAUGUUCUCGAUACCUUUCCCGAGGUUCAGGUUCUGCCGCAGACAAUGACUGGCCGUCCUCAAAGCUCACUACGCACAAUAUCUAUCGCCUCGCCAGAUUUCUGUGUCAAGAUCCCGCUACCUAUCAAAAUCACUUCCAUAGUUCGAACAUUACGGCCUUGGGCGAUAACGAUCGGACACCGCCUAGAGCCUGUCCUGCAAGUUGUCGAGCAAGCUGUCCAUGCUUAUGGUGGUUCCCUAAUAGUCGCCCGUGAGGUCGCAGCAGCGGCAUCCAAAAGCGAGCAUUUAGGCUGCAUCAUCCGAGAGAGCACCGAGUCAAUAGCUGCGAGAACGGGAGACCGCAUCAUUGUAUGCGCAGGGAUGAUCGAGCACAUUGACGCAAUAUGGGGAGAAGAUUUCGACAAGACUCUAGUGCUGAGACAAUUCUGCAAACAACUAUUCAGGGUUACCUUGCCUUCCGUCCUGCUUCACGGUUUCGCACUACAAGCACAUUUGCAAAACCUCCUCAUACGACUCGAUCCCGUAACUCGCGCCAUCAAAGGAUUCGUUGCCCGAGAUUUGGGUUCCUUCAAGGUCCAUCGACCGACAUUCUUGGAAUCCACGUCGCUCGACAUCGAUACGUCGUGGAUGUUGACGAACAUGAACUCGCUGGAGAAGGUCUACACGUACAUAUUCGGCGUCGUACAUGCUGAUGUCGAUUCUAUGGUACGAGCUCUUAAGCUUGGGAUAGGAGGGUGGAGGAUAGCGAGGGAGGAACUGGAGAAAUUUGUUCUACCUGGAGAUAACUUGGCGAGGAGACUGUGGUUGGACCGUCGUAUGGGUACGUGCAAUGCACAUGUGUCUAUGCAGAUUUAUGGGGCGGAGAAUGAGUGUCGUACAGCGAGUAUUCCGAAUAGGUUCUAUUAUUGUCAACAUAUUUGA